GUUGUGCUUCACUUUGUUGGGCCACUAGUGGACAAUCAUCACUCCCGUCUGCACGAAGUCCAGCUGGCAAUUCAUUAAUGCAUAACAUCGUGAAAUUGGCUUCCCAAGUGUCAAAUGAUAAUAGCCCAAUUCAGCACGUGGUCUUUUGUCUUCUUUCAAACCUUGCUCUGUGUCAUGACUGUAAAGCCAUUAUUCAGAAGAGUAACUUCCUGCAGAACUUUUUGUCUCUUUCAUUACCAAAAGGAAGUAAUAAAAAUCCUGGUAAUGUGUCUACCCUUUGGCUAAAGCUGCUACUGAACAUAUCUUUUGGAGAAGAUGGACAGCAGAUGAUCAUGAGGAUAAAUGGUUUUUUAGACCAGAUUGUGGAAAUGUGUAAAUGCAAACACAAGACCAGCCAACAUCUAGCACUUCUUGUUCUACAUAAUGUAUGUUUUAGUCCAACUAAUAAACCAAAGGUAUUAGCUAAUGAUAAAGCAAUUGCAGUACUGUCUGCCUGUUUGGAGAGUGACAGUCAUGCUGUUCAGAGAAUAGGAGCAGCAUCACUUUGGGCUUUGCUUCACAACUAUCAGAAGGCAAAAGUGACUUUGAAGAAUCCAUCAAUAAGGAGAAGAAUAGAUGAGGCUUAUUCUUCAGUGAAGAAAACCAAUGUAGAAGGAAAGUUUGUGGAUUCAACUGUAAAACUCACUGAGAAUGUGAAACUGGAGUGCAUAUAUCCAAAAAAAGCUGUGAUAAUCCAGACAUUCUGGAUGAAACUUAAUGUAACUCAUAAAGAAAAUUUAGCUGUCUUGCAUCCAAUCUACAGCAUACAUAUUGAAGAUAAAUACAAUGGAAGAAUUUAUUUUGAAAGUGCUUCCAGGCAAGACAAAUCCUUAUCCUUCUUCAAGAGCACUUUGGAGGACAUUGGUCUUUACUUUUGCUCCAUUGUAACUUCCCCAGAUUGAAUUUGGGAAAAGGUAACAGAAAUUAUUCAGCCAGCUGAUGCUUUUGAAGUAUCUCAGAAACAAAAUAAUCAUGUGUUUACCAAGCCAGGAGGAAAUGUCGCUUUUACUUGCCCUUAAAAAAUCGAAGAAUCAGUGCAGCAAGUGAUGUGGGAAAGGAUUAAUGCAGAUUGGGUAGAUACUGUUGUUCUUUGCAGCCUGUCAGAAAAGCAAAGCUUUGGUUCAGAUUUCAAAGAGUGUAGACUGGUGGAUUGCUCUAAUCAGACAAACCCCGUGAUCGUCAUUGAAAACAUUACCGCCUCUGACUUUGCAACAUACCACUGUGUAGCUACUGGAAGAAACAAAACCUAUGUGAUGAGUUUUACUGUGGCUG